ACUUGCCACUUUUAAAUAACACACUUUUCUUGUUUGUUAUUAUGUUUCACAGUUCUGAAAAUUUUCGUUUAAAAGAAAUGAAAGAGCAAGUUGAAAAACGUUCUUUGGAGAAAGCUGUUGAGCUGGAGAAAUUAGCAGCACAGAUAGCAGAUGUAGAUGAUGGAUUUUCAGUGCGACUGAAAAGAGAAAAGGACAAUGGUGAACAGAUGAAACAACAAAUGGAAAAAGAAAUUGGUGAACUGGAGAGAGAUAUUGCAGUGCAUCGUGCUGCAGCAACCAAAGCUCAGGAAGAGAAAGAAGAGAUAAAGCAGAAGAUGCAAGCACAAAUUACACAACUCACAAAAAAUCUUGAAGAAUCUCAGCAAAGAAUUGCUGAUCUUCAAACUCGUGUUGCUCUUCUUUACUGAAGAUAUUGAAGAAUGAAAACAGUGAUCUAUAACCAACAGCCUGAAGA